AUGAGUAGGUCGUUACUGGACAAGCCAACUCUGUUGCUGGAUGGCGGUUUGGGCACGACACUGGAAGAUGAGCACGGCGUCACAUUCUCGUCAAAUACUCCGUUGUGGUCGUCGCACCUGCUGGUCGAAAAUGUAGAGACCCUGAAAAGAGUCCAACGAGACUUUGCCGACGCCGGAGCAGACAUCAUCCUGACAGCGACUUAUCAGGCCAGCUUUCUAGGCUUCAAAAACACCAAGACCACAAGCCGAAGUGGCAUUGAAGAAGACGAGGCACGAAGAUUGAUGCUCUCUGCAGUGGGAGUUGCUCGCGAUGCUUUCAAUGGACGAGCAGGAUUGGUGGCUCUCAGCUUGGGAGCUUACGGUGCUACCAUGAUCCCAAGCACCGAGUACAGUGGGCAAUAUGGAUCCAUGACGGAACAAGACCUAUUCGACUUUCACUCCAAGAGGCUCUCGUGCUUUGUAAACAGUCCGGAGCGGGAGGAAGUAGACCUCGUCGCCAUCGAGACACUACCACGGCUGGAUGAAGUGAGAGCAACAAGGAAAGCGGUGCAAAUCAUCAACGAUAAACCGUAUUGGAUCUCCUGCGUCUUCCCCAAUGAUGAUGAAAGACUGCCUGACGAGACGGGAGUCGAGGAAUUAGUGACCACCAUGUUAGAAGGAGAACGACCUCCGUACGCGAUCGGUAUCAACUGCACGAAGGUCCAUAAGUUGCCAGGCCUGAUUCAGAGCUUUGAGGACUCCGCUCAGGCACACGAUUUAGCCCUUCCACGACUGGUGAUAUACCCAGAUGGCGCCGGAGGGAAAGUGUAUGACACGACCCUGCAGAGAUGGGUGGGAAGCGGCCACGAGGAACCGCCCUGGGAGCAACAGGUCUAUGACGUUGUCAAGGAAGUGCAGCGACGAGGCAAGUGGAAGGGGAUAAUUGUCGGAGGAUGUUGCAAGACGACGCCGACGCAUAUCAAGAAGUUGAAAGCGAAACUGGAUGGGUCGAGAUAG